GAGAGCCAUGUGAUAUUUCAGUUACAAAUAACGCGUACGUGUACUUAAAUAACCGACACGUACGAUUUUAUCAGGCUUUAUAAUGAUCGUAAUCAAUUUGCUUGAUCAGUCCGCAAUUAUUCUCCGGUCAACGUUUCUCUACAGUUGUAUCAUGUGAAAAAGGUUUCCAUCAGCACGCGAUCGCGCUCGAUAAAUAAGUACGCGGUGCCAGCCGUGCGCGACAAGAAGUCUCGCGCCUAGACAUGUAAAUAGUGUCAGGUGAUUGCGUUUGAUUGGAUUUGAGGGAGUUGUGCGCGUUCCCACAUCUCUGCAAUCGAAUUCUCUUUCGUUUCACGUAUUUCUCUUUGUCUUCGUCGUUAUGAUUUAAUCGCACCGUCUUUCGUGUAAGGAGGUUAAUUCCAUCUACUCUCGUUCUGUGCUCCAUUGUACGGUACGCUCGAUUACGCUUCGACGCGAGGAGGAGUGAUCAUCUUGCUUGAUGCCUUUGCUCCUGCAAAAUAAUUCCGUUUGGAAAUAAGAGAAAUUAUUGACAAGAUGUCGGAGAAACUGCCAAGUAGUCAACCGCAGCCCAUCGUCAAGAUAGGCCAUUACACUUUAGGUCAAACUCUAGGCGUGGGCACGUUUGGCAAAGUAAAAAUUGGAGAACAUGUCUUGACAAAACACAAAGUUGCCGUAAAGAUCCUGAAUCGACAAAAGAUUAAGAGCCUGGACGUCGUAGGCAAGAUUCGCCGGGAAAUACAGAAUCUUAAGCUGUUCAGGCAUCCUCAUAUCAUCAAGCUAUACCAGGUGAUAAGUACUCCAACAGAUAUAUUUAUGAUAAUGGAAUACGUCUCGGGUGGAGAGCUGUUCGAUUACAUCGUUAAACACGGCAAGCUGAAGGAGUACGAGGCACGACGGUUCUUCCAACAGAUCAUAUCGGGGGUCGAUUAUUGUCACCGGCACAUGAUCGUCCAUCGGGACCUGAAGCCGGAAAAUCUCUUGUUAGAUCACAAUCUUCACGUGAAAAUCGCGGAUUUCGGUCUGUCGAACAUGAUGAUGGACGGUGAGUUCCUGCGUACCUCGUGUGGCUCUCCGAAUUACGCCGCACCGGAAGUGAUAUCCGGCAAGCUGUACGCCGGCCCCGAGGUAGACAUAUGGUCGUGCGGCGUUAUACUGUACGCGCUACUCUGCGGUACCUUACCUUUCGACGACGAGCACGUUCCUACUCUUUUUCGCAAAAUCAAGUCUGGCGUCUUCCCCAUCCCGGAAUACCUGAACAAGAGCGUCGUCAGCCUCUUGUGCCACAUGUUGCAAGUCGACCCGAUGAAGCGAGCCACUAUCGAGGAUAUCAAAAAGCACGAGUGGUUUCAGAAGGAUCUACCGUCGUACCUGUUCCCGUCGCCUGUCGAGCAGGAUUCGUCCGUCAUUGACAUAGACGCUGUCAACGAGGUGUGCGAGAAAUUCAAUGUCAAAGAGCCGGAAGUGCACUCCGCGCUGCUGGCUGGCGAUCCGCACGAUCAGUUGGCGAUCGCCUAUCAUCUGAUCAUAGACAACAAAAGGAUCGCGGAUGAGGCCGCGAAGGCGGAAUUGAAAGACUUUUACGUGGCGUCCAGCCCGCCGCCGGUAGCGUUCAGUCCGAACGACGCGAAUAGUAGCCCGUUGAAACCCCAUCCUGAGAGAAUUGCACCGAAAGACGAUUGUACGAGACGUAAUGAUAAUGUUGCAGCGUACCGUGAACGCCAAGGUUCGCAAGGUAGUGCAUCCGCGCAGAUUCAAGGCAGUCGCGGCACACCCGUCAAACGUGCGAAAUGGCAUCUAGGGAUCAGAUCGCAGUCGAAGCCGAACGACAUUAUGAAUGAAGUUUAUCGUGCUAUGAAGGCGCUCGACUUCGAAUGGAAGAUCAUAAACGCGUACAGUGUUAGAGUGCGACAGAAGAACCAGUUGACCGACAGAUAUAGCAAGAUGUCGUUGCAAUUGUACCAAGUCGAUUUUAAGAGUUACCUACUGGACUUUAAGUCCUUGUCGAGCGAGGAAGAGGACAUUGGCCGAGAUCCAACAUUGCCGCCUCCGCAGGCGACCGGCCAUCACACAAUGGAAUUUUUCGAGAUGUGUGCUGCACUAAUAACGCAAUUGGCACGAUAGCGCCCCUGUUUCUUGACACGUUACAUCCUGUGCUUUUAAGCUUGUAUAGCGCGAAAUAAAUGCAGGUUAUUGUACGAAAUAAAUGCCUUGUUAAUCUAA